CACGCAACUUCCCUCAAUUGUUCACCUUCACUGUAUAUAUAAACCCACCACACCCCAGCCUUCACUCACACUUCACCUCCAAACACAAACACAAACACAAACACACUCUCUCUUCUCUUUCACGCAACAAAUGGCUUUGGAAGCUCUCAAAUCACCCACCACACCUACACCUUCCUUUACUCCCUUUGAAGAACCCAAUCUCAGCUACCUAGAAGCACCGUGGGCCAAGCGAAAGCGCUCUAAGCGUCCCCGCAUGGACCCUCCCUGCACUGAAGAAGAGUACUUAGCUCUCUGUCUCAUCAUGCUCGCUCGCGGCGGCGCAGGCGGAGUCUCCACCGCCAAACCUGCUCUCUCCGAUAACGAGUCGGCGCCGCUACCCGCAGCCAAUCUCAGCUACAAAUGCUCUGUGUGCAACAAAGCCUUCUCCUCUUACCAAGCGCUGGGUGGACACAAGGCCAGUCACCGGAAAUUCGCCGGCGCCGCCGAGGAUCACUCGACCUCCUCAGCCGUGACUACCAGUUCUGCGUCGAACGGUGGUGGUAGGUCCCACGAGUGUUCGAUCUGCCACAAGUCGUUCCCCACAGGACAAGCCUUGGGAGGACACAAGCGUUGCCACUACGAAGGCGGUGGCGGUGGCAGCAGCGCCGUAACUGCCUCGGAAGGAGUGGGGUCCACCCACACAGGGAGCCACAGCCACCACCGUGAGUUCGAUCUGAACCUCCCAGCUUUUCCAGAUUUCUCAACAAGGUUCUUCGCAGACGACGAGGUUUCAAGCCCUCUACCAUCGAAGAAGCCUCGUCUUAAUUUGACCAUACCCAAGAUUGAAAUCCCUCAGUACUAAUCAGUAUCUCCUAGAAAAAAUUCAGCUUUCUUUUUUUAAUUAAAUUAUUCGAUAUUAAUUUGUUGCUGUACAUAUAUAGUGGUUGGAGCUUAUUCGCUAGUUUUAGAAUUUAUAUUGUACUUUGACAGUGGUAAUUUAAUUCAAUUCAAUUCAUUUAGUUAUGGGAAUGGAAUUAUCUAGAAUCGCAAUCAUGAAAUAGCAGAGCCGCGUGAUCGGUGUGGCAUAUCUUUCUGUGACGGUUUUUACUGUUGCUACAGGUCACACAAAAAAACAGCCACGGUCCCCCUUUCUACUAAAAAUAAACAUUUUUUAAUAAAAACUUUGAUGAUUAAGAUUGGGAAUGAAUAUUGAACAGUGAUUGAGUAGCUGGGCCUGGGUGGAUGACAUGGGAGGAACACGCCGGAUGUUUCGCGUUUGGUGUGAGGAUAAGAACGAAAGUUUCGGAUUUGGCCAUCUACUCGCUGUGAUGAUAAGGACACGUGGAAUUACUUAUCCUCACGUUGUUGUUAUUGUUGUUGUUUUGAAUUGUUAGAUUCAAGAAUGCCAACUAUUUUAAUUUUAUAGCAUUCUGGUUGUUGUGACACGUUAUUUAAUGGUCCUAAUUCAGAUGGCUCAAGGCCAGAGUUUUGGUCUGAUACGCUUUACAUACGCAUGAGCAUAAAUGAGUUUAAGCUGCCUUUAACAGGUGUAAGAUUUAGCUAGAAAAAGGCAAUUGGGUUCAUUGUAUUGUAAGUGUCAAUUAUUUACCAUACUUAUCUUAGUCUUCCUUUUCGCUCUCGCAAUUGCUAUGCCACAGUCACACGCGGUAUCCAACCUUAGAAUUGGUAAAUACUAAAAGAGAAGGCGUCUUUUAGUUGGUUAAGGAGGUGCCCAAUUUUAUACUCAAUUCUGGUGGUGUCGAAGAUUCGCAUUAAAUGAACCAUAUUCCUUGUAGGCUUUCAACUUUCAAGUAUCAACUCUAUGUACCUUCUCCCUUUCCGUGUUAGCGGAAAAAAACGUCCACGUUAAAUUAGUGUUCAUACUGGGAAUCUGGAAUGUUUUCCCUUUGGCAAUCAACUAACUCGUGCAUAACGCGUUAUUUGCAUGUUUUCUAAAUGCGGUUUCACACGAGCGUUAAGACAGUUUUUAUAUACUUCUCGAAUGAUCAUUUGUUUAUCAUGAAUUCAAUAUAUAGUAAAAUUUAUAUAUGAUAACAUGUUAAGUUCGUUGUUAACAAAUAAGUUUUAUUGUCACUUAGUGAUGUACUAUCGUAUAAUUUAUUGGAUUCGAUAUUUGAGCUCUCAGUUUCAUUGAAUAAUAUGUAUUCUACUAC